AUGGAUAUCCUGCAGCUGCUCUCAGUCGCGUACGGUGGGAGCAAAGAGGAGCGAACGGCGGCGACGACGCAGUUGGAGAACGCAAUAAACUCUGUAGAUGGUCCUCGGCAUCUUGUGGCACUUUUGCGGGCUGGAACUGAUCCGGCGUUGAAGGCGGAGCAAAGCCUUUCAGCGCUUAUUUACGCCAAGAAUUGCAUUAUGGAGACCUUAGAUGAUAAGCAGAUCGCUGCUGCCCCUGGUGUGUUGGACGAGGUAAAGUCCCUCCUUUACGAAGGCGCCUUUCGUGUGCCGUUGACGCAUCAGAAGAUCAUCCACACGUGUGUGGCCAGCAUCGUCAGCUCCUUUCAGUGGAAUUAUCUUCCGCAGCUUAUGCCGGAGAUUACACGAGAGAGAGCUGGCGUUUCCGUUGAACACGCUGUGGCCGCAUUGGGAAUGUUGUAUGCAUUCGUCAAGAGGUUUAAAACUCCAGGAUUGGAACCAUUGCCUAUGAAGCUUACGGUUUGUAGUUGUCUUCUCUCAGCCCUUCCCUCGUUUUUCUCGUACGGGGAGCCGCAGAUUGAUCACAUUGUGCUGAAAGUUAUGAACUGCAUUGUGGAAACGGCGCUGCAAGCGAAUAAAGUACAAGCUCUUCCCCCAGAGGCGUUGGAUGCAUGGUUCCACGGGAUGGUCCAGUAUCCGGAACUUCACUUUGCCUCAGCUUCUGAGGCAGCAGCGAAUGGAUUGCAAAAAACGUACGAAACCUACGUGGGCUGCCUCAAACAAAUUGCCAUGACGUCUUUUUCUGUGCUGAACGACGCAACAAAGAAGAAAAGUCCCGCGCCUGUGGCAAGGCGUUUUCUUACGACGCAUGCUUCAGCCUUCUUUGGGGUGUGGCAGAGGUGGUUGAAGUACGCCUCGACCUCUAGAGCGCGUGGUGUACACCAAAAGGCUGACAUGUUUGCUAUUCGCUACAUUAAACUUUGCGCACUUGACAAGACGCUUUAUCAGCAGUGCCUACUUCCGCAGCUGAUGCAUGUGGUUGAGUCCAUGUUGUUCCCAUAUUUGUGCUUUAGCGAGGAGGAUGAGCCGGCGUUUGCCGACGACAGCGAUCUCUCGGAAUUUGCACAGUACAUGAUGGAGGAGGGAUUCGACCAAAGCGAGGUUUCGCAGCGGCAGGCGGCAUCCAACGCGAUUGUGGCAAUUGUUAAGGGUAACAAGGAGUUCCACGAGGAUUGCUUGCAGAAAAUUAUUGACUUCCUCAUCGCAGGUCUCUCGCGCGGAGACAAUGAUGAGACGUUUCCGCAAACGUUUGGCUUUUUGCAUCUCCUAUCCGUGCUGAGACGCCACUUACGAUGCGUUUCUGAGAUUUGGGAAACGCAAAUAGUGCAGGUGCUUGUUGCGUUUGUGACCCCGCGCGUUCUACCCACUGUUCCAUAUAUCCCGCUGCGCUGCAAGGCCCUUGUUGUAUGCCAACGGUACUCCAAGGCUCCCAUCCCUGCUGAGGAGGACUUUGCUGCCUUCACACGAAUUGUCUCCUCCCUUGUGCAGGAUUGUGAUUCUCGGAUUCGGCUGGGCGCCAUUGAUGCUCUCUGUACCUUCCUGGAAAUGAAACGGGCACUUCCGUAUAUUCGGCCUAUUCUUGUGCCGUUGGUGGAGGAGUGCAUUUGUUUUCUUAACCGCGUGCAAACGUCCUUUGUGCCAACCGCCCUGCUUUACUUGGUGGAGCAUUUUUGCGCCCGAACUCACCUCUGUCCUUGGGAAGAUUGGAAAGACGCUUGUGCAACACUUUUUGGCAACAACAUUUGA